AUGCCUCUACUGUACCUGUCGACCCGCCAGACAGAGUGGCCCAUCUACCAGUCUCUACAUCGCAACAUCUACCCAAUAUGCUUUCUCUUCGUCUUUCUUCUUCGAUACACCCGCGUUCUUAUCAGUCUAUACGGCACCUAUAGAUACCGGCCUACACCUAUACCGCUCAACCCCACAUACCACAUCAACGAUGUCACAGUCAUCAUACCCACCACAGACCUCAUGUCCGUAACACUGCAUCACGUUGUCCGCUCCAUACUCAACCAAAAUGUACCCAAGCUUAUUAUCGCAACCGCCGGCACACAAGCCGCAGAACAAUUUCGCUCUUUCCGAGCUCUAUUCCCAGAGAGCAAGGUCGUAGUGGCCCAUCGCGUCAAGGCCUCACGCCGGGAACAAACAGCCCAAGCCCUCAAGCAAGUCGAAACGCGCCUCGUCAUCCUGCAGGACGACCACACAUACUGGCCCCAAUCCCCGCGCUUCAUCGCUUCCGUGAUCGCACCUUUCGAAGACAACAAAGUCGGAGCUGUGAGCGCUGACCUGCAGGCUCGGCACCGCGGACACCCCUUCUCCUGGCCCGGAUUCUGGAACUUCAUGGGCAUGACCUACCUGAUGCGCCGUUCCUACGAGUACCGCGGCACCUACGGCAUCGACCGCGGCCUCUCAACGUUACCAGGCCGUUUCGGCGUCUUCCGCACGACUAUCUAUGCAUCGCCCGAGUUCCUCAACGGAUACCUAAAUUCGUACAUGCCGUUCAAGACCGAGCCUCUUAACUCCGAUGACGACAAGUUUCACACCCGCUGGCUGAUUGAACAUGACUGGAAAAUGGGUCUGCAGGCUGGUCCCGAUAGCGUCAUGACGACGGAACUGGGCGAGUGGCCCAAGUUCAUGAGUCAAGUACUCCGCUGGACACGCACGACUUGGCGCAAUAACCCAGCGCAGUUGAUGGGUAGGCUGACGUGGGUGCGUCAUCCCUUUAUGAGCUGGAGUCUGCUCAUGUGGUUCUUCCGUCAAUCGCUCACGCAGGAGAUGUGUAUGUAUAUGACGCUUCGGGGGACGCUGAAGCAGUACGGAAAGUCUGAGUACUUCCCUAUCAGCGCAUCCGCGCUCACGCUCUGGAUCCUGUCGUUCAAGUUUGUCAAGAUUCUGGAACACUUCCGCAAACAUCCUGCCGAUGUUGUGUAUUUCCCCGCGUAUCUUUUGUUUGGUCAUUUGCAUGCGUUUGUUAAGAUUUACGCGUUGCUUACUUGUAUGAAUGCUUCUUGGACUACGGCGGAGAAGGUGAAUGGGAAGCUGGGGAAGGUAGAGACACCGCAGUCUGAGUCAAAGGCGCACUCUAUUCAUUCGGUAAAGACAGGGGACGGGGUAGCGGAAGACAAAAGCCAGGAAUCGCCUUCGAAGCAGGUUGCUUUGGAUGUACCUCCAGCUGCUCAAGAUCGGCCCAAGCGGCCGGCCAUGUUUGUGCGCAGGUCGCGCUAUUACUCCCAAGCGCCAGGAGUAGGCGGAUGGUUAGGGUGA